AUGAACAUAAUAAUUUCGCAACAAACUAUCUUCAUUGUUCUCUGUUCAUUAACUUUAACGAUUAUUUGCGUACCCAUAUGUCAUGAUACGGUACCAUUUUCAACAAAACUCGCUCAGUCUCCUCUUGUAGUCUAUGGUGAUAUUACCGAAACAUCUAUACCAGUUUCAUUCAAUAAUUAUACUAAACCAUUCAAUAUUUCAUUUCUUGUUAAAUGUACAUUAAAAGGUAUUCCUCCAACGAAUCAAAAUAUCAUUAUUCAUCAUACACUACCAGAUAAUCCAAUUUGUUAUCGAACAUUUAUUUAUGGUUAUACAUAUAUUUAUUUUCUAAAUCAAACUAAUACAGAUAAUUAUUAUAAACAAAUACCAUUUCAUGAAUUAUUAUUCAAUGAGGAUACGACUAUUGAAAUACUUAAACGUACAUGUGGUAUACAAGCUCGUCCAUUUCAUGAAAUUAUCAAAGAAAAUAGUAAUGAAAUUGAUAAUCAAUGUCCUAUUGUAUCUAUUGGUUGCUCAUAG